AGUGACAACCUGUCAUUGUCAAAUGUUUGCUUUUCAAUAUUACAAUCACUAAUUUUGAAAAUAGUUUGGUUUUAGUGAAUUUUAAUUAAUUUUAACACCGACCAAGGUCAUCAUAACACAUUUUUAAGCAAUAUAUUCACCGUUUCGUAAAAUGCUGGUGUUUAGAACAUGCCGAGGUGCCUUCGGACAGGUACGUAGUUUUCACGUAGCGACCGCCUCAACGGCGGCGGCCGCCCAAGCCAAAGAAAAACCGGUUAGAAACAAAACGUUCGCGAUCUACCGAUGGAAUCCCGACAAGCCCGACGAGAAGCCCCACCUGCAGGAGUACAAUGUAGAUCUGAACUCGUGCGGCCCCAUGGUCUUGGACGCUCUCAUUAAAAUCAAAAACGAGAUGGACCCGACCUUGACGUUCAGGCGUUCCUGCAGGGAGGGCAUAUGCGGCUCGUGUGCCAUGAACAUCAGCGGAGUAAAUACUCUAGCUUGUAUUUGCAAGAUCGAUGCAUCGUCUAGCGCUACUAAAAUAUACCCGUUGCCUCACAUGUAUGUUGUGAAGGACCUCGUGCCGGAUAUGAACAAUUUCUACAAGCAAUACAAGUCUAUCGAACCUUGGCUGCAGAGAGAUGAUGAUAACGUGAAGAAAACUACCGAACAUUUGCAAAGUGUCGGUGAUAGGCAAAAAUUAGAUGGGCUGUACGAGUGUAUUUUAUGCGCUUGUUGCUCCACGUCAUGCCCCAGCUAUUGGUGGAACGGGGAUAAAUAUUUGGGACCGGCUGUACUUAUGCAGGCUUACCGUUGGAUAAUCGAUUCGAGGGACGAAGCUACGACUAAGCGAUUAGAUAAAAUGAGAGAUCCUUUCUCUGCUUUUAGAUGUCACACUAUUAUGAAUUGUACUAAAACUUGUCCGAAGGGAUUGAAUCCUGGCAGGGCUAUAGCUGAAAUUAAGAAAAUGUUAGGAGGAGUAGCGAAAAAGGAUGAACCUCAACUUAGAACAGCACAUUAAAUAAGAUUAACAAUAAGCUUCUUUAUUAAGAGUAUACAUUGUAAAAUUCAGCAAGUAAUAAUAAGUGAUAAGAAAGUAUGACAUUAAAUUUAUUAUUCUUCAUAAAAGUUAAGUUCAAUUUGUAAUUGUAUUUGCAGUAUUUUUAAUAAAUAGUUAUCCAGGCACACAAUUCAAAAUGUUAAAUUUGUUUGAUA